UCCAGGUUGGGCUGGGAGAGGCUCCGUCCUGCCUGAAGCCUCGGAGAGCCGCUGCCAGUCCGGGUAGACAAGAGUGCGUGAGCGGGACCGGGAGCUUCCGAUCUUCUCCGGGGGCGGCGAUGGGCUCCUCCUGGCUGGCCAAGUUUCCGCUCCGCGUCCCUCUCCAGGCAACGGGAAGGCAUUUCCGUCCCCGGGCGGCUCUCGGCUCUCCCCAGCCGCCCACCCGCUCCAGGAAGGGGGCGGCUCAGGCAGGCUGCCGCGGUUCGGCUUCUCUCCCCUAGGGGUCGUGAGCAGCCAGCCAGCAGCCACAGGCGAAGCCGCGGACCGGGCGGGCUGGACGCCGCUGCUGCUGCCGAGGGGGACGGAGGUGAAGCGGAGCGGGAGCCGCUCCGGAGCCGAGCCGCCCCUCCUCCGGCCAGGCUGUUGCAGACAGACGCGGGGGGCCGUCUGGGCCGGCCGCGGGUGCUCCAUGCAGCGGGAGGCCGGCUGUUGCGCCGCCGCCCGGGAGGGUGGCGUCUGAAGAAGCCGGCUGGGAGACGCGCGCCCGGGAUGUAUUCUCCCUUGAAGAGACCUCGGGGGCCGCUGGGCUGGUGAAAGGCUCCUCUUGCUGUCGGGCAGCGCCGUUCCAGGAGGGGCCCGCGGGGCGCCCACAUCCCAGGGAGCGCCAUGCUGGUGAAGGAAUACCGCAUCUGCAUGCCCCUCACCACCGAAGAGUACCGGGUUGGGCAGCUAUACACCAUCAGCAAGCACAGCCACCAGGAGAGCGACAAAGGUGAAGGAGUGGAAGUCGUGAAAAAUGAACCGCACGAGGACCCUGUCCAUGGCUGUGGCCAGUUCACAGAGAAACGGGUGCACCUGUCCAGCAAACUGCCUAGCUGGGCUCGAGCAGUCACACCACGGAUCUUUUACAUCACAGAGAAGGCUUGGAACUAUUACCCCUACACGAUCACAGAAUACACAUGUUCCUUCCUGCCCAAGUUUUCCAUCUACAUAGAGACCAAGUACGAGGAUAACUGUGGAGAUAGUGCAAACAUCUUCCACAGUGAAAAAAUCUUGGGGGACCAUGACGUGACAUUCCUGGACAUUGCCUUUGAUGAAAUCCCAGAGCGCUAUUACCGGAGCCUGGAGGAUCUCCGGUACUUCAGCUCAGCGAAGACUGGCCGCGGCCCCCUCCGGGAGGGAUGGCGGGAACAUACCACGCCGAUCAUGUGCUCCUACAAGCUGGUGACAGUCAAGUUUGAAGUGUGGGGGCUGCAGACGCGGGUGGAACAGUUUGUCCACAAGGUCAUCCGGGACAUCCUGCUGAUAGGCCACCGACAAGCCUUUGCCUGGGUGGACGAGUGGUGUGGGAUGACGAUGGACGAGGUGCGUCGGUACGAGAAGGAAACUCAGGAGGCAACCAACGAGAUUGUUGGCACGGUGGCAUCUGCCAUCUCCAUCAGCAAAGUGUGCCUGCCCCCCAAUACCCAGAGCGCCCCCUCCAGCGCCCCCUCCACGCCUCUCAGUAGCGAAGCGCCCGACUUCCUCAGCGUGCCCAAGGACAGGCCCCGCAAGAAAUCGGCGCCGGAAAUGCUGUCGCUGCCUGUGCUGAGGGAGCGAGCCAAUUUGGAGUGACAGCUGGCACUCCGUCAGUUGGGAGUGACGGCUGGCCCAGAGGCCUGAAUCGCGGGUCCCUUCCCUCGUGAAAGGGGCUCCCCCCAGUUAAUUCCACAAAAGCCCUUUGCUGAACGAAAACGAGGGUGUGUAUAUAUCUUGAGGUUCUCUCCACCUUUUAUGUAGAUUUUUUUAAAAAACAUGUACCUUUGACUUCUAUCUAGUCCCGCGUCAGGCCGCGAGCAUCUGCUACCGUCCACGGCACCAAGGAAAGGCCGGCUGCGGAAAUGCCACUUCCUUUCCCAGGGUUUUGGGGAGUGUAAACCUUUCCGGGCAAGCCUGGAAACUGAGACUUUUGUUUCCCGGUUUAGAUCUCUGCUGGGGAACGCUGGGGGAUUUGUGACUGUGACGUCUCCGAUCCCCACCCAGCUGAAUGUUGAGCUCAUUUCUUUCUCCAUCUUGGCGGCCUUGGGUGACACCUGGGGGCCGGGUCUGGAUUCCCUUCCAACCACUAGCUAAGAAAUUUCGGGCCGGGAUAGAAGUCUCGUGCCCUUGUCUGCGAAAGAGAACCUGGACAGAGCCACACGACAGACUGAAAAGUUUCGGGAGCCAUACCCUUUCCCCCGAAGAAUCCUGGGAACUGUAAUGCUGUGAGGAGGGUGGGCUAAGGCAGGGGGUUCCCAAGCUCGGGUCCUAAGGGCUGUUAGACUACAACUCCCAUCAUCCCCAUGCCACCGUGGCAGGGGAUGAUAGGUGUUGUAGUCCAACCUGGGGACUCAAAAGCGUGGCAACUCCUGGGCUAAGACUUUAAACGCCCCACCAGGUGAGAACUGUCAAGAGGUUUCGGGCGAAGCCAAGACAGGGGUUGUGGGAUGAAACCAAUAUAGCGUAGUAAAAGCUGAGGUCUUCUCCUGGGCUACCUGCUUGGCAAGCCUCGUUUUGGUUGGGAAGGCCAGUUAGGGCCUCUAGAUGGAACUGGGGUAGGAUCUGGGAGGUCCCGUGCACAGAUGAAGAGGUAAGGGAAGAGCUAGCAACAUGUUGGGUUUCCUUGCUUCUUUCUCAUUGAUGCCUCUGCCGGGACAACAGAAGCGAGUGAAUACAGCGGAUUGACACAGGUGCGAACGUGGAGUUACAAGAAUGCCGUCUGUGCUAUACGGGUAUCAUGAAACCCACAUACACCUGCAGCGCUGUAUAUUCCAUGUUUCUGUGAUUACACUGAGUGUGUGUGUGUGUGUGUGUGUGUGUGUUUGUGUGUGAUUUGGUAGCAAGGCACAGCAUUCAGCAUUGUCAGAAUGGCAGUUCUUGCUCACAUUCAGCACUGUCAGAAUGGCAGUUUUUGCUUUGAGCAAGCUUCUAGCCCUCAUGGCUGCAAAGAGAGCAACUGAAAAGUAGAGGCAAUGUCUGGCGAGACUUCAGAAUCCAGGAUUCAGGAGGAUAUCAGGUCCAGCUCUGAUGCUUCGGGGCACUGACGGGCCCCUCCCCUCUCUCCCCCACGUCUAGCAAAAGCAGGAGGAGGUAUGCAGAAACCUCACUCUGUGCUUUCUUAGCAGAAUCUAGUCGCGGAAUUGGAUGCUGAAUGCGAGGCAAGUUGAAUUUCACACAUCCCUUCCUUACUGGUCAUCCAACGACAGCAGGCUAGGCCAGCGGUUCCCACUCUUGGGUCCCCAGGUGGUGUUGGACUACAACUCCCAUCACCCCCUGCCACAAUGGCUUUGCGGCAGGGGAUGAUAGGAGUUGUAGUCCGGGAACAUCUGGUGGGGGGGCCCCCAAGGUUAGGAUCUUAUAGUUGCUUUGUUGGUUGGAGUCAGCAUUGAGGCAGACCUGAAGCCAUUGUGGGGCUAGGGUGCCCCCCUAAAUAUCCCCCCCCUUUUUACAAAUAGUUUUUAAAUAAUGGAAAGUUGCUUGAAUGUUGUCUUUAGAAGGCCAGAUAAGCUGCCCCCACCACCACUUUUUUGGCACCCCCCUCAAAUUUUUAGUAUGGCUACAGGCCAAAGGUCUGUCCUUUACCCCCAUUCCCCCUCUCCGUCCGACAUCCAACCUUUCAGCUGCCCCCCAUGUGGAAGCCAGCAGACGUCCUUCUCCUCGGUGCCUUUGGGGCCAUCUCACUGCUGCAGCGCUGGCCCAUGGAGGCAUCUCCUUGCAGGGGAGGGCUGGAAAACACCAGUGCCCUCUGGGUCCAUCGCCAGGGGGCCGGCACACAGGCCUGCCUAGGGGCCCACUCCUGCCAUCACCAGCGUCCAAUUUGCCUUGCGGAAAAGCUGAAACGCAGCCCCAGCGGGGUGCUGCAGAUUCCUCUGAUGGACACCUCCUUCGUCUUAAGGCGGCCUCUGGCCCUCUUUGUACAAGCACAGCUCUGAUUUGCACUGCUCCUGCCCUCUCUGUCGGGCUUGGCACCUCGCUUGCUGUGGUCCCCCCCUGGCUGUUCCAAUAUGUGUCUUCAUGUUUAGAAGAUGCCUGACUCCCUUCGAGGGAGGCCGGAGAGGCGGAAAGACUUUGCCGGGACUUUGAGGAGAAGAGACUUGGAAAAUAGACCACAAACUGCUGCUAGGAGCCGACUGAAUGUUCCGGUCCCGGGGCUGUCCCGGGCUUUUGUAGGGCCUAGAUAUACUUUGUGGGUUUCCCUGCGAUGAAUCAAUAACAUCUCUGCCCCCUUCGGUGUGGGGCCCUGGGCGACUGCUCUCCGAGCCUCCCCUUUCAGACAACCCUAUCAGGGUCAAAGCACUCUUCAGUGGAGGGCUUCCCAAGAUACAUCGAUGCCCUGAAGUGGAGGGAAGAGAGAGAAAGAGAAAGAGAGAAAGACAGUCUCCAGCAAUAUGUGUGUCCACUGGCCAUCUCUCGAUUAUCCAGAUCCUUCGAGGAUGGAGAAACUACAGGGAGAUUCUAAGCCUACAAUCUCCAUCUCCCAGGGGCGGGGGCAGAGGACAUGUUGCAGAAACGGAUUGGAGCCCGUUUUCACCUGGGAGCUUUCCAGAUUGCAUGCUACAACAGGGGUAAAAUGCUUUGGCUUGAUCGGAUCGUAGUGAAACCGAUCCCCAGAAUGUAGAACACCUACAGCGGGAAAAUACAGCUACUUUUUUGCAACGCACAUGCAAUGUUGUAGCACUAUCAUGCAAAGAUACAACCCGAAAGCAGGCAUCGAAAAUGUUAAUGCCCCCUUGUCAGCGCAGGGACUGCGGUGUCACAACACAGGAAGUACAGAAGGACACUUAGCAGAUCCGUAGUGACACUGUUGUCGGGUUUAAUCUGGAAAGCGACCUAGAGUGCAAGCAUUUUGCCUGCACACAGGCUCAGCAGAGGGCAAAAUGGAGGGUGCGUGAGGGAAAUCGCCUGUAGAUAAUUUGUGAUUUGUGUAGCAGCAGUGCUGUAUGGUUGUUGUUUUCUUUUUUAACAUGGAGCGAUAAAGGCAAGAUGACCUGGAAA